CUAUUUUAUAUGGGAAAUAAUUUAUGUUUAGGGAAACGUUCUAAUAAGAAAAAAAAUGAUUUAGAACACUAAAUGUUUAUGCAAGAAAUUGAUUAUCAACUUGAUAAAUUAAAGGAAAUACCAUAUAGAUAAUAUUAGCCUCCAGAAUAUGAGAAAAAAACCAUUAUUGAUUUAUUAUAGGUAAUUGAUAUAAGAAGCACUCAUCAAUCAAUAAUAGAACAAGAAUAAGAAAAGGAAGUUGAGAAUGUAGAUGAAGCAAAACCAGAUUAAUUUAAUUAAUACUAAGAAUUGGGAAAAGAAAUCAUAACAUAAAUUUAAUAGAAAAUUUAAGAGUUUCCAUAGGAUGAAAAAAAUUGGAGUUUAUUGUUAGAUGAUACAAAAAGCCCUCAUUUUUUGAGACUGUUUAUAAGAUAAAUAUAAUUACCAGAUGGAAAUAAAAUAAAUGCUACAUUUAGUUAAUUUAUUGUUCCUUGUAAGGCUGAAAGGUUUAUUUAGUUUAUGGGAGAUUUUAAAGAUUAAAUAAAAUUAGAUAAUAGGAUUGAUUAGUUUAAAUGUAUAAAAAAGCAUCCAGAAAAACAAGAACAAUUAAUUUAUUUAAGUUAUAAAAGUGUUUCUAUUGUAUCAGCAAGAGAUUUUAUAUACUUCAAAAAAACUGAAUAAAUCGAUAAAGAUAAUGAUAUUUGGUGUGAUGCAAGUAGAUCUAUUAUUGAUAAUUCAAUUUGUCCAAUUCAAAAUAAAAUUGUUAGAGGUAAUAUAUAAUUAAGUGGAUAUGUAAUUCAACCACUCAGAAAUGUAAUGAAAUAAGAGUAUUUUUCUUAAAGGUUAUAUUAAACAUAAGUUUUUAAGGUUUUCUACAAUAGUUUUUAAAGUUGAAAGUUAUUCAAUAGUAUAAUUAUGUUCAGAAUGUGACUUUAAAUUAUCAGUUCCACUUUAUUUAGCGAAAGGACAAGUGAAAUAAGAAAUGGCUAAUUACAUAAAUCUUGUUUAUCGUAGUUUAUUAUGA